UGUCGAGCAACUGCCGUUCACAUCUGGCGCCGCGGUGAAUAUUAGGGAUAACUCUUUAACUUUCUGAUUUAUUUUGAAAGGAGGCUGCCUUUUUAGAUUUAGGUGGUUCUGAAAAAGCUGAAAUGCAUCAGAGUUUGGUUUGUCACAAAUAGCGUAAGUGUGAUCUUUAUAGCCUGGUUUGCGAUUUCCUUGGACUGUCUACACCACCAUGCGUAAACAGAGCAUGGUUACGUUUGUAGAUUUGAUACAUCCACAUAGAAUGAAUAUAAGUAUGAAGUUACACGUUUUAUAGUUCGAUACAAUGUCUAGAAUAGUUGGUCAUUCGUAUGCAUGGUCCAUCAUCUAUUCAGUUUAGAAAUGAAUGUCUGGUGGGACAGUCUACACGAUAAGAUGUUUCGUCAAAGCACGAAUUUUAUUAGAAAAAGUUGCUAAUUCUAUGACUAACAUGACGCUGUGCCUUGAGAUGCACUUUUCAUGUUAAAACACGACUUCCCGAGAAAAUAUGAUGUAAUUCAAUUGGCUAUAGUUCUUCACUGUGAUAGAUGACAUGAUGAACCAUGCGUUUGUGCACUAUAUGUCAAUUAUUUUAGGUCAUAUAAUAAGUGACAUUUUCAUAUGAUUUUGUCCACUUAACAAUUAACAUUUGGACGGGGUUCUUGGGAAGGAAAUUUGGGAUAUGGCAUAAAGGCGCACAGCUCCAUACUGAAGUGUAUAAGUUAGUCUGAAGGGAAAUUUAAAAGACCUAAAAAUACAGCGCUGGUUUCUUCUCCACAAAGAAUCAUUUGAACUUCCCACCGCAGAACGAGAGCGACAGAAAUAGUUCUGACAUGUGGAUGCAAUUUCAGAAGAAGUAAAAAUACAACAAAAAAAACAGACAUGCAGAUAAAUAAAGUGAGUGGGCUCAGUUUGAACGUAUUACAGAUUUAAAAAAGAGGGAGGGAAAGCGAAGAGAUUAUAGUUAUGAUUUUACAAGCCACUAUCAAGACCAUAAUGAGAGGACAGAUAGAGUGAAAGAUGACUUGCACUUUUGAAGACUUUAACUGAAGCAUCAACUCAACCUUGCUUUCUGAAACGACUAUUGGAGGUUCGGCAUGGUUGUCUCAGGGAUGGGCCCCACUCUAGUGUUCCACAGUGUGGGCUUUCUUUUCUUCAGCUUGGUCCUCAGUCACGUCUGUCUGGUGGAGGCAGAUGAUGUGCUCACCAAAGAGGAACAGAUCGGUCUACUGUUUAAAGCCAAGCGCAAGUGUGAGGUGGCCAUCAGUAACAAACACAAGCCUGGUGAUGGUUACUGCUCGCCAGAGUGGGAUGGCAUUGUAUGUUGGCCUGAGGGGUCUCCUGGGAAGCUGGUGUCCACUGCCUGUCCAGAGUACAUCUAUGACUUCAACCAUAAAGGACUAGCCUAUCGUCGCUGUGACAGCAAUGGGACGUGGGAGCUGACCACCACCAACAACAAGACAUGGGCCAACUACAGCGAAUGUGCAAAAUUCCUCUCGCACUAUAACCAAAACAAUGAGAAGGAAGUGUUUGACCGUCUGUACCUCAUCUAUACAGUAGGAUACUCCAUCUCUCUGGGAUCACUUAUGGUGGCUGUGGUCAUCCUAGGUUAUUUCCGGCGGUUGCAUUGCACCAGGAACUACAUCCACAUGCACCUGUUUGUGUCCUUCAUGCUCCGAGGCAUCAGCAUCUUCGUAAAGGACGUGGUGCUGUACUCUGGCUCUGCCCUAGAAGAUAUGGAGAGAGUCAGUGUGGAAGAUCUCAAGUCCAUCACUGAGGCUCCUCCAGCUAACAAAACCCAGUUUAUUGGCUGUAAGGUGGCAGUGACCCUGUUCCUAUAUUUCCUGGCUACCAACUACUAUUGGAUCCUAGUAGAGGGACUGUACCUCCACAGCCUCAUCUUCAUGACCUUCUUCUCAGACAGGAAGUACCUCUGGGGAUUCACUCUAAUUGGAUGGGGGGUCCCAGCUAUGUUUGUGACAGUGUGGGCGAGUGUGAGAGCCACCUUGGCAGACACAGAGUGCUGGGAUCUAAGUGCAGGCAAUCUGAAGUGGAUCGUACAAGUUCCCAUUCUAACAGCAAUAGUGGUGAAUUUCAUGCUGUUCCUGAAUAUAAUACGAGUUCUGGCCACUAAACUUCGAGAGACAAAUGCUGGCAGAUGUGACACAAGACAGCAGUACAGGAAACUGUUGAAGUCUACAUUGGUCCUGAUGCCACUGUUUGGUGUCCACUACAUAGUGUUCAUGGCCAUGCCUUAUACUGAAGUGACUGAAGUCCCAUGGCAGAUACAGAUGCACUAUGAGAUGCUUUUCAAUUCAUUCCAGGGAUUCUUUGUUGCAAUUAUAUAUUGUUUCUGCAAUGGGGAGGUUCAAGCGGAAAUUAAGAAAUCGUGGAGCAGGAGGACACUAGCGCUGGACUUUAAACGUAAAGCCCGUAGUGGCAGUAACACAUAUAGUUAUGGACCUAUGGUGUCUCACACCAGUGUAACCAACGUCACUGCCCGGGGGCCCCUGGCACUGCACCUCACCACGCGCCUUGGGGGCCCCGUCACCGUCAACGGGCACCGGAAUCUCCCGGGGUAUGUGAAGAAUGGUUCCAUCUCCGAGCACUCCAUCCCUUCCUCAGGACAGGAGUUACAUGUUCCCGAGGAGGAGCAGCCAUCCAGUAACGUGCCACCGCAUUCUGUUGAGGAGGAGAAACCCUCGCCUGUAGUGGAGGAGGAGCGGGAGACCGUCAUGUGACAAUCAUGUGACCUCUUGCGAGAGAUGGUCAUGUCAUGUGACCUUCAGGCAGCCAAUAGCGCCUCCACUGUGAGGACAAUCUCUGUAGGAAUGAGUCAUGGGAAAGAUCUCAAUUACAUACUCCUUGUGUCCUCUCUCCUCGUCUCCAGAGGGACCUCUGGCUUUCUCAUCCAAUGAGUUUUGAAAAGGAGAAGAGGAGAGAGGACGCGAGGAGUAUGCAAUUGAGAUCUUCCCAUGAAACAUAGCACCACAUAGACCAGUCAAGCUUCUCAGUUGAUUUUAUUUCACUGCCUUCAAUGUGUUGCAGCAAGUACUUUAUAAUGGAUGAAUCCCAACCAUGGUCUGUGGAUGAAAAGUAGGCUAAUGUGUCUGACUGAAACAGACAGCAUUGAUUGUCCACAGGUCCUGUGGCUGAAGGUGUCAACCGUAUACUAUAGGUCCUCAUUCUGGCAGGAGCAUGUUAGCUUAUGUUAGUGUAGCAGAUGGCUAAGUUAGCAUACAGCUCACUAGCUCACAUCUGCUACAUUAGGCACUCCUAGUGAUAUGAGAAUAUGCCUGGCUGCAGUUGAGUCUGCCUGCGUGGUUGGGGAGAUCUCACUACGUUUCAAUUUGUUUGAAAAUGUGGAUGUAAAUUGACCCAACCCACUUUGAUGUAGCUAAAAGGGAAUAAAACUCAGGUCCUCUAAACCCUCCAUUCUAGUGCAUCAGUUGGAGCUAGUCUGUAGUUUCAGAGGUGUGCUGGCUUCUUGAGUUGAUUUAUAUGGAGAAAGGCCCAAUGGAUUACUUUUCCCCAUGAGUAUCAACUUUUUGUACAGUUUGUAUUUUUGCUAUUUAAAAGAGACUAUCCUAAUAUUCAAUGUCUAUGGAAGGUUAUGCUUUUUCCAUAAUGUGUUGAUUACAUUCUUCAAUAAUAAUAUUAUAUUUCACAAUAUAUAAUGCCACAAAAGUAACCGAAACUUGGAGCCCAUUGGAGUCAAAACGGGUUUUUCCUGUGUUUUAUAUAUAUUUCCACACUCUUGGAAUAAUACUGCAAAAUUGUGUAAAGGAUGAUAAUGCCCUUUUAAUGUAAGAGCUGUUUGAAAAGACCGCCUGAAAUAUCUGCCUGUUUUGGUUGGAUGGAAUUUUGGCCUGCCUGGCAAUGUCACCAGGGGGUCCUCUCUGCAAAUAAUAGCUCGUUUUCAGUUUUCCUCUCCCAACUCAGACCACUCCCAGAUAGUCCGAGCAAAAUUCUUGCUUGCUUGAGAAAUUACUCUUUGCUAAGAAGGAAUUUUGGUUUCUUUUUGAAGUAAGGUACUUAAUUGUUACCCAGAAAUGAUUUGUUAUUGAGAUAAAAGUGGUUGCAUUGGACCUUAAGUUUUGAGAGAAAUGGAGUGCUAGAGACAGCUCGAAGAGGACAAAAAUAACUAUUAUAUAAUGUAAUUGUAGAAAACUACUUUAUUAACAUUUUAAAGGGAGGCACCCUCUCCAAAACUCAGGGUGCAGAAAACAGUAAAAAAAAUGUACGGAAUGUUAAUUAGAUGAGGAAUUCCAAGGGAUUCUCAAAUUCCACAGGAGAAUUCCCAGGGAGACUUAUGAAGAGACGGUAUGAAGGAGCACCAGAACUGAAUAGCACACAACUGUUAUGUUUUAUAUAGUCCAGUGGUUUGCUGCUCUUUUUGUAUAUACAGUAUGUAUGCAUUUGCAUAGAAGUCACAAUGUUUACAAUGAUAAUAAAAUCCAUUCUAGCUGUGAGCUAAAAUAGCAUCAAAGGUCAUGUAAAUGUAUUAGAACUAUAAUUUGAUAUUUGUACAGACUUUUGAAAAUGUUAAGGGAUGUUGAAAAUGUAGAAUGAUUUAUAUUGUAUUUAGUGGUAAAAACAUUGAAACUGGAUAUAUACUGUAGGUGAGAGACAACAUACUGUUAUGAAGAUUCAGGACCAUAGAGUUAAGAUUUCAGUAGAAUGCCUAUCAGAGGUAAUAACAUAACAUUAGACAGCUAUUUACACUAUACUCACAUGUAAUUCUGUUAAUGUGGCAGUUGAUUGACUUUAGGUUGAUGGGAGUCAAGAACUCAAUUGCACUCCGCUACUGUAUAUCCACAUGUAUACACUUUGACCCUACAGUUCCCUCCCCACUACUCUAUAUCCACAUUUAUAAAGUGGGUGGUUUGAGCCCUGAAUUCUGAUUGGCUGAAGGCCAUGGUAUAUCAGACCAUAUACCAAGAGGUAUGAUAAAAAAUUUAGUUUUACUGCUCUAAUUACGUUGGUAACCAGUUUAUAAUAGCAUUAAGUCUCCUCUGGGGUUUGUGAUGUAUGGCUAAUAUACCACGGCUAAGGGCUGUGUCCAGGCACUCUGCGUGUCCAGGCACUCUCUUCAUUCCAAUCCGUCCCAAUAGUUCAUAUACAUUUUCAACCCUGUCCAUCCCAAUGUAUGUUUCAUUCCAAUCCGUCCCAAUAGUUCAUAUACGUUUUCAACCCUGUCCAUCCCAAUGUACGUUUCAUUCCAAUCCGUCCCAAUAGGUCAUAUACGUUUUCAACUCUGUCCAUCCCAAUGUAUGUUUCAUUCCAAUCCGUCCCAAUAGUUCAUAUACGUUUUCAACCCUGUCCAUCCCAAUGUAUGUUUCAUUCCAAUCCGUCCCAAUAGUUCAUAUACGUUUUCAACCCUGUCCAUCCCAAUGUACGUUUCAUUUCUGAUCUCUGUGUGGCUUGCUAUUCCUAUUUAUUGUCAUUGUCUUAUAUGGUUAGGGCACAUGAUAUUUUAUACUGAAGAGUAGAGCUAACUAUAAAGGUGGAGAUCAUUUUCUGCCUCACAAAGAUCUGUUGCGUGAUAUAAGCGUGAUGUAAGGAUACCAUUAGAGAAAGUGUUACCUAAAGAUGCCAUCUAAGCCAACAAGAAAAUGAAAAAUACAGUAGAAUAUCCCCAUUAUCUUAUACAGUGGUUAUCUUAAACCAACCUACAGCCAACAAACAUGCCACUGGCAAGUAAAUAAGUUUGGGAGUAUUAUUAUUAUUAUGUUUUGUAGGUAUGCCCGUCUGAGCUUUACAUGUCCAUGUUUGAUUCGGAAGGGGGCAAUGGUAGAGCCAGUGUUGAUUAGGAAAACAUUUUUUUUUUUUUAUAUAUUUGAGCACUUUACUACCCUAUUAUAUUUCCUAUUGUUGGAGCUAGGAACACAAGCAUUUCAUAACAUCCGCAAUAACAUCUGCUAAAUAUGUGUAUGUGACCAAUAACAUUUAAUUUGAUUUGAUUUAUUGAUUGUAUCAUGUACAUUUAUUGUUUUUUAAAUUCAGUAUGUAAACAGGCCAAUACUUAACAGAGCUAAUAUUGUACUCAUUUUUUGAAAAUUACCUCUCACGGAAGUAAAAAUGACAUGCUAUUUUCAUUGUUUUUUUAUUUAUCUUAUAUUGAAAAUGUGUCCGUCCUCAAAGAGAUAGGAGUUGGUAUUUUUCAUUAAUAGUCUUUAUGCCAUGUGUAGAGAGGGUGUGACUGUUUGUGUUUGAAAUAGGACACACCAUACCUGGUUGUUUUCACUCAAUGUCUGUUGAGUGAAGUCAAUGUUGUAAAUGUAAACGUGGGUUUAAAAUAAAAUAAAAUUCCAAUCUAAUGUUUAUCAUUGUAUUGUGAAUAAGACAUUAAAAUGUACAAUUGUACUGUAACUGAAGUGUUCAUUGAAUUUGAAACAUGACUGCAAUCCUAUAGUAAUUCUGUUCUUGUUCUAACAAGAACUUACAUACAGGUUGAAGAAAUUAAUAUGUACUUUUAUUCUCAUUAUAUACAAUAUUAUACGCAUUCCAUAUUUACAAAAAGUAUUAAAAAAUCGACGAGUAAAAAAAUAAAUGUGUUUUUCCAGUG